AUGUGUCCUCAGAAAAGUGCAAGCUUUUCGUGUCUUUGUGUCACAUUACUUUUCGUCGGACUAAUCUUGCCGUCCGGUUACUGCCAACAUGCGGAACCCUUUGGCAGCAAAAAUGUCGCUGGAAAAAUAGGGGCUCUGAAGGACGAGCUGCAGGCUGAUGACGCGGAUCAGUCGUACCCCUGGGACGCGUCUCUUGAGGGUAAAAAAACGCUCGACGAGAACGGUGGCUCCCUCUCGUCACGGAACGCGGCGGAGGUGCCGGAGACGGAAGCGGAAACGGCGCCUCGGGCUGACGGAAAUAGGGACAAGGUUCUCAUCCCGCCAGAAGAUGCCUCGACCAACUCAUCCCUUCGGUCGGGCUUGAAUGUCACUGCAACAGCGCCGAUUGCCCGACGAAGGGUCAAUGGCGGGGACAGGUCCCGGAAGAAACGUCGCCGCGGCAAGGAGUCGAAGGGCUCCGUCGUAGAUCGUCAGCGCGAGGUCACGGAAGAGGGUCGCGAGAACGAGAUCAGACGGAAGAGGGGUGGUCAGUCGAAGAAGUCGAAGGAUUCGCCGGCAAGAAGAUAUCGCGCGGAGCGACGCCGUAGGAGGAAGAAUCGCGAGCGGAAGCGCGGAAGGAAGAGGACCAGACCGAACGACGAGAAGGCCAACAGUCGCAGGAACACAAAGUUCAGAAGACGAAUGAACGAUGCGCCGGCUGCGUUGCUUUUCGGUGAGCCGGAUGGUCAAAUGGCCCAGGAAACCAACCUGAACUCCUCGACUUGGAAGAGUAAUCCGUCACUUUCGAACGGUCCAAUUUCCGACGUCUCGGACGUCACCUCCCCGUCGUCCAAUCUUCAAGAUCAAUUAACCACCGAAGCCAGUAGACGAUCGCCGCAGACAACCACGCGUUACAGGACCUACGAGGACACGGUAGAGAAAGAAUUCUCGAAGCAGCUAGAAAAAGAGAUCCUGCGGACGCAGAUGGAAGAUCCAGCGAGCCUGGAGAACCGUAUUCUCGGCAGCUCGUUGACCAGACCGUCCCAUAAGAAUAUCGAGCGCAAAUGGGAGAGCUCGAAGAGCAAAACGGAGGGAAGGUUUGGCGGUUCGAGAUACGAUGCCGAGAAGAUGCUCGGUUAUUCUAAAACGAAGGAAGAUCUGCCGAUUCUGGACCUGGAGAACGAGGUUCUAGCGCGGACGCUGAAGGAUUACAAUGCGUACAUGGCGUCGAGUUUGAAGUUGUCCAUGUUGUCGUACCGGGACGAAAUCGAGCGGCACAAAUCUCCGAGAUCCCGUGCCCACGGUAAACCCAUAAUUGACGGGACAGAGUUCGAAAGGCUGGCCGGAAAGAUGAGCACCGAGACACCUGCGACCACCGUGGCCUAUGUAGACGAUACCAUGGGAGAUUUAUCAUGCAUAAACGGGACCUUCGUGCCAGCGCCGCUCGUGCGGCACGCGCUGAUCAAAUAUGUAAAGUCGUCGAUACCAGGUCACGAGUAUUUGGAAGCUGACUACGAGUGCGCUCCAGGAUAUUAUAUGGUGACCAGAACAAAUAGGUUGCUCUGCAGGAAGCGUGAAUGGAUAGGGCAGCUGCCGAAGUGCAAGAUCAAGCAGGUUCCUGAAGGUGUCUGCAUCGAUGCUUCUUGUGACCAGAUCUGCAAGGAAGUCGAUGCCAAACCCGUGUGUUCCUGUUACAAAGGCUUCCGACUGGAAGAUAACAAAUGUGUUGAUGUGAACGAAUGCAAGGAUAACGAGGGAGGUUGCGAGCAUAAGUGCGUGAACACACCGGGAUUCUUUCGUUGUGAGUGUCCGAAGGGAUUGAAACUAAACGAGGACAGGUUCUCUUGCAGGGACAUCAACGAGUGUCUGUUGAACAACGGACACGGACCUUGUCAGGAUACGUGUCGGAAUACCAUAGGGGGCUACGAAUGUUCCUGCGACGGUCUACUGGACACGGUCCUGUCACCAGACAACCACUCGUGUCAGGACGCAGGCCCGUGCAGCGUCAACAACGCCGGAUGCUCUCACACCUGUCUCUCCACGAUGGGCCGGGUAUUUUGUCUCUGUCCUGACGGUUUUAUCCUGGAGGACGACUGGAAGACUUGUCAAGAUGUGGACGAGUGUGUCCAGCCUGAUCUACAAACGGAAAUGUGUCGCUACGGUUGUAUCAACACGCCAGGAUCUUAUCGAUGCGCCGAGCCAAUGGAGCUGAAAGAUCAGCCGAUACUGGACAGCUUGUCGAUCACCUGUCUACCGGGUUACGAGGCUACCCCCGAUGGAACUUGUAUCGAUAUCAACGAGUGCCAAGUCGACAAUGGGGGCUGCACGGAGGUCUGCGAGAACACGGACGGGAGCUUCUUCUGUGCCUGUGACGGUGACGAGAAAGCCCUGUCAUCCGACGGGAAGUCCUGCGUGGAUUUAAACAAUGUGUCCUGCCCGCCCCUGAAUCCAGAGGGUCGAGGGCAUUUAGUGUGUUUUCCUGUGGCAACGUCAAAGACGUGGAGGGGUAGGCGAAGGUUGACCAGUCGGCCGGGUUUCAAGUGUUUCUUGCAGUGUCCCCGUGGGUAUCAGCUUCACGGAGAGUACGAAUUAACUUGUCGGUCUGACGGCACAUGGGACGGGCCAAAACACGGCGAGUGUGUCAGGUACAGUAAGCCCCGCUUAGAGUGUCCCAAGGAUGUGAUCGCGGAGCUGCCGCCCGGUCGAGACGAGGCGUUCGUGACGUUCGAUCAGCCGUCGACGGAUCUUGAUUGGUUCCGGUACGUUCGAUCGAAGCCGUCCUGGGGAACACGAUUGGAGGCCAAUCUGGCGCCCGGUGUGCACGAGAUCACGUUCUUCGCCCGACACCCGGUAUCCAAGAAGCAGGCCAGCUGCGUGUUGCGCAUCAUCGUCAAAGGUGGCGAGGCGCCGAAAGUUAAGGACUGUCCGAAUGACAUAGAGGUCACGGGGAAAAAUGGGUCAGCGAUCACGUGGACCGAGCCAAUAUUCACGGAUAAUGUGAAGGUGACCCGGAUUAGAAGCAACGAGAGUCCAGGACGACGUUUCGAUGUCGGAGGGCACAGGAUAGAGUACGAAGCUAGCGAUGAGGCUGGCUGGUCGAGCAAGUGCGUGUUCACCGUGGUCCUCCGUCAGGAGUGAAUCGUGGAAAGGUGAGCGUGCGUGCAGACGGGGGCAACGAGGGAAGGCUGAAGAAAGAAGCGCCGAAGAAAAGGAAAUCCAGGUAAACCGCGAGUGGGAGGGGUGGGGAGCGGGAGAGGGAAAAUGUAGCGAG